CUUCUCUCCAUUAACCGUGACCUCAACCUCAACCUCAACCUUGAGCUUUUCUUUUCUUCCUCUUAGAUUUCCCACUGUUACUUUCUCCAAUCUGCGAUAUCAUCCUCUCCCUAUUAUCCGAACACUAGGAAACGGAAAUUCUCCGAGACUCCCUUGGACACGAACAGUGGAUCAAUCUAGAGGCAAUAGACCAGACCGACUGUUCCAUUUCCGGUAUUGCUGAGCACCACGUUCCAGCGAAUUCUCCCAAUCCAACCUCUCCCUCCGCCAUCAUCAUGUCGAGUCAUAUGUACGAUGACCAGCCAUAUGCAGUGUCACGACGUCAUUCGGUCAAAACGCCUCCUCCGACUUCCUCCACUCCCCGCCAUAGCAGAGGGCGCAGCCAUAGCGUCCGAGUGAGCAACGGAACCGCAAGCACAAAUACCAGUAUCUCGAGUGGAAGGAUGUCGGAGGCGACAAAUAUCACCCAGCCGCCGGCAUACUCGAAAAAGUUCGUGGUGGUGGGAGAUGGAGGAUGCGGCAAGACAUGUCUCUUGAUUAGUUAUUCACAAGGCUAUUUUCCAGAGAAAUACGUGCCCACGGUUUUCGAAAACUACAUCACACAAACGGUCCAUCGAGCAUCUGGGAAGACGGUCGAACUUGCCCUUUGGGAUACUGCAGGCCAGGAAGAAUAUGACCGUUUGCGCCCAUUGUCCUACCCCGAGACUGAUUUACUGUUCGUUUGCUUUGCUAUUGAUUGCCCUGCCUCCCUAGAAAACGUUGUGGAUAAGUGGUACCCUGAGGUCCUACAUUUCUGCCCCACAACCCCCAUCAUCCUGGUGGGCUUGAAGUCCGAUUUGCGCAACAAGAGGACGUGCAUAGAACUCCUCAAGACCCAAGGCCUGACACCUGUGACCCCGGAGCAAGGUGGGGCAGUGGCUCGGAGGAUGAAUGCCUCCUACGUGGAGUGCAGUAGUAAGGAGAUGCGCGGCGUGGACGGGGUGUUUGAACUGGCUGUGGACACGGUUGUAUCUGCGGAGGAACAGUUCAGUUGGAACAACCGCCCAAGCCAUAGCACUGGUAGCAAGACUACUGGAGGAGGGGGCGGGGGCGGUGGUCCGAAGAAAGUCAAGAAGCGUACAUGCAAGAUCUUGUAGAUCGCUUACCUUGAGGUUCACCUGGCUCCGUACCCCUUCAUUCUGUUUGUUAUUUUACUCCUUUCCGCCGAAAGAAGCCUGGUUGCUUCGGCGGUUCGCUUCUCCUUGUACGUGAUAUGAAUUGGAUACGACCUGGAGAGGAUGACCCGCGUGGUCCAGACCGUUAUUUGUUUCUUUUUUUCUAAAUGUUGUUUUUAACGGCGGCUUUCUGAUUUCUUCUCUUCAUGUUUGCUAUACCUGCUUUGCCCUGAUGAUUGUCACCAUGAAACACUAUUACCCUUCCUUUAUAUUAGCUUUUGCGUUUCUUUUGACUUCCCUGAUUUCCGACUUGGCAUGUUGCCCUCAUGAUGUUCGUCACGAAUCCGGUCCGAAGACCACUAUGUCAUAUGCAUGGGGUGGGUGUUUA